AUUCCGCACUUAGACCACAGCAGCUGAUUCGCCUACGGAAUUUGAACCGCGCUUCACUUGACCGCGGUGACGUAAGAGGAAGUGGACGACGUAGCCGGUCUGGACCUGAACAUGUCGGUGUCGAACCCGAGACAGACGUUCCUACACCCAGUUGUUCCCUUCGCUGGGACCAUCCUCGGUGGUUUAGUGCCAGGGGAGAUGGUUCUGAUCCAGGGCUCGGUGCCGAUCGAUGCUGACAGGUUCCAGGUGGACUUCACCUGUGGCAGCAGUGUGAAGCCUCGGGCUGAUGUGGCUUUUCAUUUCAACCCGAGGUUCGGGAGGCCGGCCUGCAUCGUCUGCAACACGCUGCAGCGCGAGCGCUGGGGCCGGGAGGAGGUCCUGCACUGCAUGCCCUUCGCUGUGGGUGAGGCGUUUGAGGUCGUCGUCCUAGUCACAAAGGACUCGUUUAAGGUGGCUGUGAAUGGAGCACAUGUGUUGGAGUACAAGCAAAGGGUGGAGCUGGAGGGAGUUGACACUCUUUCCAUAUCUGGGAAGGUCAAAGUUCAAGCUCUUGGCAUCCUCCCCGGCUCCAGUUGUGUUUGUCCUGCAGCCAGUGUGAGCAGCCAUCGCCCUGAGAGCCAUGUAAGAACAGCAGUGCUCCUGUCUGUGAUGCCCCCAUUAGGUGAUUUGAGCGUUCCCUUCAGACAUGAGCUGAUGAAGGGUCUCAGUGUUGGACAGAGCAUCACUGUUAAAGGAGAGGUUCAUCAGAAUGCACACAGUUUUUGUAUCAACCUGCGACGGGCAGGAAGCAGUGACAUUGCUCUUCACUUGAAUCCGCGUUUGAAGAAACAGGUGUUUGUGGGAAACUCUUUUCUUUCUGAGUGCUGGGGUCCUGAGGAGACCAGGGUGGACAUCUUCCCUUUUGCUGCUGGACAGUAUUUCGAGGUCAUAAUUCUGUGUGAGGGCCAGCAAUUCAGAGUUGCUGUUAAUGGAGUUCAUCUGAUGGAUUUCAAACAUCGAGUGCAGGACCUGAGCUGCAUCACCCAAGUGGAGGUUCUGGGAGAUGUGAAGCUGUUGUCUGUGAUGAUUGGGUGAAAGCAGAUUCAAUAAAGUGACUUCUUGCGGA